UAAAAAUAGGGGAGACAGAGUAAAAAUGUACUCCUACAGCCAAGCCUUCCGUAUGGAGCCAAUGGGCAGAUGUGGUUUCCUUGGACUCCUCUGACCUACCGAGGACACGAGAAACCUGAUGAGAAGGGUCAGAGGAGGGAAUCAGGAACGGAGUCCCUUGCAAGGGCUACUCUGGGGAUGGUCAAGCCUCAAGAGGUGAUCACUGUGCUUUGGCUGGCUCUGGAGUGAAGCCACCAAAGAUUAUUGGAGGUUUCCAGAGGCCUCAUCAUCACUUCAUUUAAGCACCAUUUCCUUGCUGAUGCCAAUGCUUGGAAAACUAGAGGGUGGAAAAAAAGCACUUGGGUCUGUGAAGAAAUGUUUGGAACAAGGAAAUCCUGCAAGUGAAAAGAAGUCCUACAACUGGGAAAGACAAAAAAACAGCCAGAGUAAUCACAAUACUGGAUUUCCUAUGGAGAUAACCAUCAUCAAUGCACAAAGCUCCUGUGUUCCUUCAAUUAACAUACUGUAGGUGGAAGCAAAAAACACUGGAUAAUGAAUCUUAUGGCAAGAGCCCUGUACGACAACGUCCCCGAGUGUGCAGAAGAGUUGGCCUUCCGCAAGGGAGACAUCCUGACGGUGAUAGAACAGAACACCGAGGGGCUGGAAGGAUGGUGGCUCUGCUCCUUACACGGCCGGCAAGGCAUCGUCCCCGGCAACCGUGUGAAACUCCUCAUAGGUCCCGUGGUACAGGACAGUCCUCCUGGCCAGGAUAUGCCCAGCUCAGGAUUGAUGAAUCAGCCCUUCAACCACCAAAAGAUCUACCAAGUUCCAAGCUCGCAUGCCUCGGCGCGGGACCCUGUCUACCAAGUGCCGCCUUCCCACCAGAAUCAGGGAAUUUACCAGAUACCCACUGGUCAUGGUCUGGUGGGACAAGAUAUUUACCAGGUGCCACCCUCCAUGCAGAGGUGUAUUGAUGGUCCAGCUGUGGCUAACAAGGUAAUAACACCAGUCAGGUCAGGACAAGGUUAUGUUUAUGAAUUCCCUUCUAAACACCAGAAGGAUGCCUACGAUAUCCCCCCGGUUCGCCCUCUCCAAGGGAUAUAUGACAUUCCCCCCACAUCGGUUAAGGGGCCUGUACGUCCAGUUCCCAUGGGAGAAGCAAAAGCUUUAGGAGUGUACGACAUACCACCUGCCAAAGGGGUCUAUGCUGCACCUCCAUCUGCAUGCCAAGAUGAUACAGCCCUGAGGGAAAACUUGCAGGAUUUUUCAUCUCCAGCAGGCCACACUGUAAGACCAGAAGGGGUAUAUGAUAUUCCUCCUCCCAUCACCAAAGCAACUGGAAAAGAACUUAAUAGAUUUUCUCCUGAGAGCGUAUUAUUGCCAGGUGGAAUGCCACAGACACAGAGUGUUUAUGAUAUCCCUACGAACCAUCAAAACCAUUUUCUUGGACAGCAAAUUGCACCUGAAAAAGAUGUUUAUGAUACCCCGAGGGGAAUUGCAUUCCCAGGACAACAGACAGGACUCAGUGAAAAUCCCAUUGCAGAAGGAAGGGAAGGUGUCUAUGAUGUGCCACCACCAAUCCUCCAAGACAAUAAAGGCUUACAGGAUGUGACUGAUGGGAUGAAUAGGUUGUCUUUCUCCAGCACAGGAAGCACAAGGAGUAACAUGUCCACAUCAUCAACGACAUCAAAAGACUCUUCUCAUUCAGCAUCAACUGCACAGGACAAAAGAUUAAUCCUUGAUCCAGACACUGCUAUAGAGAGGCUUUAUCGCCUCCAGCAGAUGGUGGAGGCAGCUGUCAGUCACCUCACAGCCUUCAUUACACCAGACUGGCGGUCCUAUGGAUAUAUGGAGAAACACGUCAAUGAAAUUCACGCUGCUGUGGAUAAGGUAGAGCAGUCACUGUUAGAGUACCUCCAGUUUGCCAAAGGAUCGGCAGCCAAUGCUUCCUACCUGUCUGAGUUCAGCCUCCUCAACAAAAUGAGGAGGGAGGUACAAAGGCUGGAGGACUCUCACCAAAUCCUUACCCAAACCAGUCAUGACUUGAACAGCUACAGCUGGUCUUUGAAUGUCCUAGCUGUCAACAGAGUGCAGAACAAGUGCGAUGACCUGGAUCGGUUCAUUAUGGUGGCAAGGACGGUCCCGGAUGAUGCCAAGCAGCUGACCACCACCAUCAGUGUCAACGCAGAGCUGCUCUUCAAACAGGCACUGGGCAGCUCCCAUUUCAAAAACAUACCAGAGAAUAUAAUGAACGCUCCAGACAGUGUGUAUGACAGUCCUCAGACGCAGUGUCAUGGAGAAAAAGCACAGAACCACUGCAGCUCCCUUCCCCCACUCCUGGGUAAAGGCCAGCACCCUUACAAUGCUACCAGUGAGAGCUCGGAAAAGAGCUGGAUGGAUGACUACGAUUAUGUUCACCUGCAGGGGAAAGAAGAGUUUGAAAGGCAACAGAAAGAGCUUCUGGAGAAAGAAAAUAUCAUCAAGCAGAGCAAAAUGGAGUUAGAGCGCCAUCAGAUCAAUCAGUUUCAACGUCUGGAGCAAGAGAUCACAAAGCCAGUGGAGAAUGACAUCUCCAAAUGGAAGCCUCCACAAGCCCUCCAGACCUCCCAUGACAGCCGCCUGCUUUUGUUCUACUCCGACCAGUGUGAGACUCACUUCAACUCCCUUCUGAACGCCAUCGAUGCCUUUUUCAGUUGUGUCAAGUCUUCUCAGCCCCCCCGGAUCUUCGUGGCACACAGCAAAUUCAUCAUUCUGAGCGCUCACAAACUCGUGUUCAUUGGGGACACGCUCGCCAGGCAAAUGACUACUCAGGACAUGUGCAACAGAGUGAUGAACUCCAGCAACCAGCUGUGUGAACUGCUCAAGAGCGUUGUUCUGGCCACCAAAGCGGCUGCCUUGAGUUACCCCAACACAGCAUCCCUGCAGAAGAUGGUGGACCGAGUGACAGAGCUCUCUCAUCAUGCACAGUUGUUCAAACUCUCGCUGGUCCAAAUGGCGUCCUUAUGAAACCCAGCAGAAUCCAAUCCAUGAGCAGCAAAGUAGAAGAGCAGACAAACUGGAGUUAUUUUUAUGUAAAUGGUAUCUUUUUUUAGAUAUUUUUUAUUAAAUAUUUUAAAUACAUUCUUAUACAUUAGAGAGUCUAAUCAAAUCAGGGAUCUGGGAAUAUUGUCUGGUUCUGUAUUAUGUUUCUUAUACACAUUUAUAUUUGUACACACAGCGUAUAUGUAUAUGUAUAUACAUAUGUAUAUGUAUAUGUUGUAUAUGUAUAUGUUGCUACCUUACCUAAAACAUCAAUUAAGCACCUUAAAAAUUACACGUCAGGUAAACAGUGCAUAUCUUUUGUAUAUACAGCCUGUUUCUUCAGCAUAUUUGUUAACUGGAUUCUGCACUCUUUUUGUUUCAUUCCAUCUUGAUGCUGGUGCAUGGACUUGGUUGUGAAACCUACUUGUAGCAAUCCAUGAAACAAGUGUAGUGGUUCUCAUAGAACUCCAUUCCCUUCUUAGAAAUUACUUUCUAUAGGUUAAUUCUGUGAAGUCUAACUCCUUUUGAUGUUACUUUGUUGUGUAAAACAUUUGGUCAUUCUGACCAACAUACAUGCACAGCUGCAAUAAGCAACAUAUCAAGCAAGUCAUACAGCAUUUGGGAGAAAAGCAUUUUUAGGCCAUGUAAGAAACAGGACCUAAAGGAGGAAGGCAGAAUUGUAUAUAUUUAAUAUCCUUUGGCAUUCAGUUUUUGUUGUUUCUAGUAACUGUCCAACAUGGAAUUUCAAAACUGUGGAUGGAUUCCCAGCAAUUUAAUUUCAUACAUGUUUACUUUGUAUGUCCUUGCAUUGGCAGUUUAAUUUAACAGUCAGGCUUGAAAGCCUUAUUGUUUACGGACUCAAGAGAUAUCCUGAGGGCAUCCCAGGAUCCAUUGGGCUAAUUUCUGAGGCUGUGGGCGAGCAAUGUUUCAAAAUACCAAUCCCUUUCAGAAGGAUUAACAUACAAAUUAUAUUUUGUAUGGAAAGAAAAGAGCUUAAUUUGAAAUAACAGGUAUUUAAACAUCUCUAUAGCAUAUACACAAUUUAAUGAAGAAGUAGCACUUAAUUUUCUCUGACAUAUUAUUGGGAAUUAAUUGCAUCUGUUGCAAUUCUGACUUCCAUUCAACUACUGGGCUUUUUUCCAGAAUUUUGUUGUGUAGGUGCUGGUCUUUUCUGCACUACACUGUUGCCAAAAAUUAUGUCCGGUUUUAAUGGGACCAUUCCAUCAGUAAAUAUGCACAGACCCACCUAGUAAUUUUCAAUGUAGACCCUUAAAAAUUGUUAGCAGAGUAUUAGCCUCCUUUAGAAAUUCCAUGUAUGCUGGUCUCUCCAAAUCCCAUAUAAGCUUAUUUGUCAUUCUUGCCUUCUGUAAACGUCCUAAAAAUAAGUCACAGAGCACCAUUUGCCUGUGGUCCCUAGCCUAAAAGCUGAGCUUCAAAGUGAGCAGUAGCUCAGGAAAAUUCCAGGUGAUUCCUGCAUUUUUAAAGCAGAAGCAGUACUGUCCUUCAAUUCAAGGUGGUCCCACAUUAAUGUGUUGAGAGCGUUUGCCAGAUCGCUGGUAACAGCAGGGUGGUGAGAUCAGUAGCACCUGGAAAACAGGUACUUCUCACUUCUGCCUGACUCCUGACUUUUCCAUUUUGUAGCUGAACGUGUGCCUUACUGAAAUGGGAUUUGUUGUCUUAGGUGACAGAACCAUUUCAGCAGUGUAUGAAACCCCACAGCCUUAAUGUAUUGUCUUAGAGCGAAGACCACUCUUCACUACCAUAACAUUCCAGAGAGCAAAACAUUCCUGGAAGGUCAGUGGAAGCCAGCACAACCCCAGCUGGCUCAGGAUGGGCUCCAAGGCUUGGCCUGGUGUAACAUCCUGAAAAAGCAGUUGUGAUUUUGUAACCUAGAACCAGUUGCCAAAAAGCAAUCUGUGUGAACCUGUUUUGUACUAUUGUUGUUUGGGAUUCUUUUGUAUUUCUUUGUCCACUUUUUUCACUGUAUAUUCUUAGAAAGUGAAAAUGUAUUUCUAGGUGUAGUGGUUAUGUUGAUAGCUUGUGCUUUCCAAAGGAGAACCUUUAUUGCAACCCUGUAUUACAGUUUGUUAUCAUGUAGAGAGUCAUUUUGAAAUGAUUAAAAUUACUAGUUUUUUUAUAUUAAAAAAAAAAAAAGGCAGUUUGGUCUUAUUUUUUCUUGUUUUCAGAGUCUUCUAAGCAUAUUAAAAGGAAAUAUUGCUGCUUUCUGAUAUACUAUCAAAGCCAUUCUGAAAUGAGGAACUAAUUUUCUGUCUUUUCAAUGGUCAGUGCUUAUAGUGUGAAAUGAGAACUUGGGAGUUUGAGAGAAAGGGACAGACAGUUUCUCUGCCUAUCCAGGAGCAGCCACACAAGCUAUCAAGUCCAAAAUACUUCUAUGAGGGCCUACAGUACACUGAGACACAAUCCUGCUCCAUUCCUUGUGUGUAUUCCUGCUGCAUAAGCUGCAUCCCAAACCACCUCUUCCUAGCACUGACAGUGGUCCUUCACCUGAGUGGGGCAGUUCCUCUCAACAGGAUCCCACAGGAUGGUGAGGUCAUAGGACACAGCUCUGCCUUCCACCCAUUCUGGCCUGUUCCCCCUCUCCAGCACUUACUGGUGAAGCCAUUAUCCACGCAGGAACUGGAAAAUCAACUUUGCUCAGUACAGGCACCUUUCUCCCCGCAGUCAGUGGUAAGAGCACUCCUCUUCUACAUACCAGGCUGAACAUUAUGUUGGCGUGAGUUUCAUCUGAAAUAACCCCAUGGCUUUAAGGAUCACAAAGUUUUCCCAAAAGUUACUUUCAUAUUUCACUGCUGCCAAGGCACUCACUGCUCAACCUCCUGUCAAACACCCAGGAGUGCAAGGAGGAGAGAUGUUAUAUGUGUAUAUGAUAAUUUGUGCAAAUAAAAUUGUCACAUAUUUUAUAGUUUUGUACUGUUAAGAUAAUACUCUUGUAAGAAGUUUUUAAAAUGCACAAGCCAGUGAUGGGGAUUGCAACACAAUGUCAAAAACAACUGGACAAAGGAGGGAGGACUUCAUUUACAAGCAAAUGAACAUGGCCAGCCCAGAGAUGGGUUAUUCAUCAAGGUGGUCUGAGGAACGCAGGGACAAUGAAUGCACGACAAAUAUCUGAUAUUGAGAAGCCAUCAGAACAUCUCAAUACUGAAUUCUGGGAAUGCAGUCAUGGGUGUUCAUCACUCUCCAGACAUGCUUUGUUUAACUUGCCACAGAGAAAAGAACACCACAUGAAUAUGUGCAGUCCAAAAAGGAAGAAAAUGGACUCUGCCUUGAGCAAGAAAAUCCAUCUAAAAAUCAGUCAGAUGGGAAAGUCAGUGUGAAGGAUAGGGGACCCUCUGCUGCAGUGGUCAAACCUGUCUCACCCAGCGCCGAUACCCGGGUUCGGCACUGACCCUUUUUUUUUUUUUUUUGAUAGUGGCUUUUUGUUGUUAUUCUCUAAAUUUAUAUUUGGACCAUUUAAUAAAUUUUCUUAAUUAA